AUGGCCGGUUUCCACCCACACAUGCCCGCUGCCCGCUACUCUAUCGUUGCCAAGACCCUCGGCGCCUCCAUGUGGUUCUGGGUCAUGUACAAGGCCAAGGAGGAAGGCCCCGUCGUCCUCGGUCUCCGCCACCCUUGGGAUGGUCACGGACAUGGACACGGACAUGGACACGCCGCCCCCGCCGGCGAGAACCACUAA